AGCAGUCCAAACUCGCCGUCAUUGUGAACAAUAUGCUUGCCCUGUCUUUCCUCGUUCUCUCUGACUGGAAAUCAUGACGGACUGUUCGCCUCCAGGAGUCUGGCGUCUCAGACAAUUAGGAGAAGGCUCUCCACGUCGGUGGCGGAUCGAACUCUGCCCGCCUCCUACACUCGGCUUGGCCAACAAGGAAUUUGAAGUCUGCGACCCUUUUGAAUCCACCUCUCAGGAACAGCUUUUGCGAUGGUACUUUGAAGAAUACAGCAACGAACCAUUUGCCAGGACUCGCGCGCGGGAUGCAGAAGCUCUCCUGGAACGCUACCGUUCUUCUCUCUUCGAGCAGCUUGGCUUUUCCAAGUUCAAAAGCCCACUCUCCGACGACGACGGGCAUGAAGACGAGGACAUAUUGCUGAGUAUUUUGCUUACCCCCGAUCAGAACGGAAUCGACCGAAUCAACUGGGAAAUCUUGGAGCAGCCCACGGCGGGAAUUCCUCGCAUCCGAGUCCAAAGAGAGCUUGUUGUACCAGACAAUGGGCGACAGAGCAAGACCGUCCCAUCAGUUCCGGGAUCGGUCUUUCACAUCUUGGUGGUCACAGCAAGGUCUCAUGCGAACGCCGAUGUCCCCCCGCGUCUGACGGCUCUCCCCUUGGUGGAGGCUCUCUCAGGCGUCCGACCCGGCCGUGUUGUGGUUGAGCUGGUGAGGCCGGCUACAUUUGGCGAGCUGAGGAGGAGACUGACUGCCGGAACGGCCCGCGGUGGCUUUGGUCUCGUGCAUCUGGACAUGCACGGGAACGUCAGUUCGGAGAAUGGAGCCACCCUCGACUUUGUCGAUCAGGCGCUGUCUCAUCGUGAACGCCAUUCAGCUGAUGAAGUCGCUGAGCUGCUCUCGCAGAAUGGUGUGAAAUGGGCCGUUCUAUGCGCCUGCCGGACGGCCAUGCCGGGCAAUACCGGUGACAUGGGGAGCAGCAACCUCGCAUUGGUCUUCCUGCGUCACGGCAUCCGCGGUGUCCUUGCCAUGAGAUACGAGCUCAAAGCGGCGGCUGCCCCUAUUAUCACCAAAACAUUCUACCGUGCCUUGUGCAUCGAGGGCAAGUCGUUCAUUGAAUCCGCGGGUGCGGCCCGCGAAGCCCUCAUGCAAAACCGCCGACGAAGAGCCAAGUAUGCCGAAGCCGUCGAGAUACAGGAUUACUGCGUGCCGGCGACAUACUGCUUGUCCGAGGGACACUCCGGCCCGGUCUCUCUUCUCCCGGAGUCACAUCUCUCAGCGCCAACAGUGACUGCACCGGUGUUGUUUGGCCGAGACAGUGACGUGGAGCGGUUAGAGGUGAUGCUGGUCAAGCCCGACCGAGCCAUGUUUGUCAUCUUGAAGGGAACCGUUGGGAUCGGCAAGACACAGAUGCUUCGACAUCUGAAGUGGUGGUGGUCGCGUUCGGGGCUGUUUGAUUGCGUCGUCUACGUCAACACACGCCUAGUCGAAGGGGGGAGCACGGCAUCAGAAUCUUGUGCAGUAGGUCUUGCGGCACUUGUCGAGGGCAUUGCUUGGGUCUUGGGAGCAGAAGGUGUUUUAGUUCCCACAAAAUGCCCUGUCGAAAACCUCAACGCCUUGGGCGAAUGGAUCGAAACGACAGGGCGGCAGUCAGCUGUCCUGCUGCUCGACGGGAUCGACGAACUUUACCGUAUGGGGUGCAAAACGACUGACACUCAAGAAAAGUGGCAUGAGUUUCUCCGGGCGGCUCAGAACCUGAGCGGGAAGGUUACGAUUGUCAUGGCCAUGACGAAGACUGAUUACCUUGUCCCCAAAGAGCUGAACACUUGCGUCUUCCCGCUGCAAGCCGCGAUGCUCCCUUCUGCCGCAGCGGACCUGAUACUUCACUACUCUGGCACACGGCUCGACCUAUCCGAAGCGGGGAAUGAGCCGGAAAGAGACCUGAAGAAUGCACUCUCGGCGCUGUCUUGUAAUCCCACCGCCAUCCAGUGCCACAAAAAUGACCUCGCGAAGCCGUUCUGCGGCCUGGGAAAGAUCCUAGACUGGAGCGACCGAAAUUCUGAUACACGGAUAUCACCCUACCUUUGGGAAUCCGCUCGAGCAGACAUGAUUAUAUGGAGAGUAAUCCACGGUAUGUCCGGCCAGGGGCAGGUCUUGGACAUCUUUGGAUUGCUGCUCCUUGGGUUUUUCACCUGCGUAAUUCCCGAGGUCGAGUCUUUGGAGCCGCUCAUCGUAGAUUUUGACGAAUUUCGAAACUCCGAGGAGUUCGAGGAAUACUUCGAGCAAUUCGAAAAAGUCGAGCAAUUCGAGGAACUCUUCGAGAUCUCCGAGAUGCUUGUGGGAAAUGUCCGACACUGCGGCAUCCCCCUCGAGCUCUGGGAUUUCAUGCACCACAGGCGUCCCACCCAGAGCAAUAGUCUUGCAACAGCAAUCUCGAACGCCCUGGAUCUUUUGAGAGCCGCGGGGCUUGUCGAUAUCGAGAUAGGUCCAGUUAUGGGUGGUCAGCGGUACCACGUCAUCAACCCCUGCGCGACGCAAUCCCUACGAGACAGCUUAACGUUCCUGGUUCCUCCCUACCCUCUUUUUGUCAUGCUUGAGAUAUUCAAGAGCUAUCAAGCGGGCCGGUCGGACAAGAUGUUGUGGCUCACCAAAGAUAUGUCGGUGCGUGCAGGGCUGCGGGAGUACGCUCCGCUUGUGCUAACGGAGAGAUUCACCCUCCUCUCAGUGAUAUUGCACUAUCUGAACGACCAGCUUAGCCCUGAUCCCGUUUCUUGGAGCCAGAUCCCAAUCGAAACGUUGAGAGUCGUUUGGCCAUCCAGCAUGGGUGACGACCGUCUGUGUCCCGAGCUACUCGGUUCCACAAUGCUAAAGUGGAUUCGCAAGUUCAAAGACUCCGAGUUCAGCGAAGCCCAGAUCGAGUGGCCCGACUGUCAGAACAAGCUGUGGCUCCUCAAUUGGGCGGUGGACUACACGAUACGGUACAAUCAUCCGAGCGAUCUCGCUUUCGUGUUGCCGCUGCGCGAAGCGGUUCGGAAGCGGCAAGCACAGUCUCGGCUCGAACACGGCGUCAAAAACUCUGCAUGGCCGGAACGCAAGGCGCUCUGGACGAACUUCGGCCUGGCAGUCGCCGCGGGCGACGCCGCUCGCAUGGCUGCGGUGUCCCAAGCCAUCAUGCAGGAUAGGCUUUUGUCCGACGAUGACUGGGGUUGGUUGGGCCGAGUGGUGGACGUAAACACUGCAGCGCUAGAGGCGAUACCCUUCCGGCCUGACAUCUCCAAGGCUCCAAACUUAGAGACCGUUCUGGAAGGCCUGAGUCUCGCGCGGGAGCGCACAGCCUCAACAUCGACAAAUCCAGAGCAAGAAUGGGCCAUCUCCAGCACCCUCCGGCAGAAUGUGGCCAUGGUGGAAUCCAUUGAUAGACAGAGUCAGACGGCAGAGCAGUACAUCAAGUUGUAUUGCGCGACGGCUCUCAGGGACAAGUUCCUGGACGGUCUUCUGACAAGUCUGCCGCCAGGCUACAUCGCGCGUGGGUCCCGCUUCAUUGAUUACCUUGGCAGAGGCGACCUGUCCCGGGCAAAACAAACAGCGUACAAAGCCUUCGAGGAGGCUGUCGAAGAGCAGCAGGCGCAUAUCGCCGCGACGUGGCGGGGGGUAUGUGAAGAAAUGGAGCGUUUGGAUGCCGAGGAGGAGAGCCACGAGGGACUACGCCAGGUGAUUCUGGAGUACCUAAACCGUACCCCGGGGACAGAGCUUUCGCGCGCCGUUGUUACGGAGGACUAUGCGGCUGCAUACGAGCUCGUAGAGGCAACACUGGCCGUGGCUGAGAUGACGAAGCCAAGAGGAGAGGAAGUACGAAUGCUGAGAGAGACUGCCAAGGUCUUGGAUCAAGGCAGGGCGAACGGGGGAAAAGAGAAGGCUAAGUGGUGGGAUGUGCUGUUUCGGCUGUUCCGGAUUGGGAGGGAUGUCAAGGUCUCUGCCGAGAAAGGGGAGCCUAGUUGACGAACUAUGAUCAGGGAGGUACGGUUCCAGAAUGUGACGUUGGAAAUUCAAGGAGGAAGUGAUAAUCACACCUGCCAAUGGAAUGGCAGACAAAUGGCUCGGCUUGCGUUGUUCGUUUCUGCAUUGAUAUCCAGCAGAAUAGGCAAAAGUCACACACGGUGGAGAGACAAGGAGUACUCAGCCUUGUCCAAUCUCUAGUUAGGAAAACCAUUCAAAAGACUCGUAUUUAUUCCGGC